AUGGACGUCUACUGCUUCCUCUUCACCGACCUCUUCCUCAUCACCAAGCCGGCCAAGAAGGCCGAACGCACUCGAGUCGUCCGUCAGCCCCUCCUGAUUGACAAGCUGGUGUGUCGGGCACUCAGGGAUCCAGGGUCCUUCCUGCUGGUCUACCUGAACGAGUUUGGCAGCGCUGUGUGUGCUUACACCUUCCAGACCAGUGGGCAGUCGCUGUGCCGGAGCUGGGUUGAGGCUGUCUGUAACGCUCAGAAUAAGCUGCAGCAGCUGCGUCUGCAGGAGCUCCAACGCAACCAGCGGCUUCCUCAAGUCGUGGAAGCCAAGGCGGUAGAGGAAGAGGAGGAGGAGGAAGUAGAAGGGGGGGAGGAGGAGGAGGAGGAAGGCAACUGGGACUCUUCGGGGGCCAGUUCCCCUCCCACCCUCCGGAAAAGCACCAGCAGCUUGGACUCCCAGCAGUGCCUCUCUGACAGCUCCACCGACACCAUCUCCAUCCUCGCGACCGAGACCAGCGAGGAAUUCCUUCCGCCUUCCUUCAACGGGAGCCAGUUCCUCCCCCCAGUGGAGGAACUGAGCCUCUGCCCCCUCCCCAAUUCCGCCACGCCCUCCUUGGAGGGGGGAGACCGGAUCCCCGACACCCCCGGAGCCUUGUCGAAACCGGAACCCAGCCCCUGCAGCUGCUCGUCGUUCGACAGCGCCUACAGGACCCUCUCCCUCGGCUCGCUACACGAACUGGGGGAGCCGCCGCAGGGGGAUACAGCCGCUGCCGAGGAGGAGGACGAAGAGGAGGAGGAGGAGGAUGUCGCCAAGACCGGUUCCCCAAAGCUGCGUCGCCAGACCCCCGUCCAGCUCCUGCCCGCCAAGACCAAGGUGCUGAAGUCCAAAUCCGAAGCCAACCUCGCGCAGGUGCUGUCGCCCUCGCUGUUGCUCAUCCAGAGUCAGAGUUUGUCCGAACUUUCUCCUCCGCUCUUGCUGUCCGGGGCUCCCCCCAUGCCGGAGCCCCAAGGCCAGCCCCUCUGCAGGGCCCUUAGCGGCAGCAGUGAUAACAGCAGCGCUUCCCAACUCUCCGAAGCGGAGGAGACGACCUGCGUCUCUCCGGGGUUGAUGGCGGCCGUCUCGAACGGAGCACCGUCGCCGUGUUGGCCGGAGGACGAGGAGCAGCCUCCGAGCGAGGAGCUGUCAGAGGACCAGCAGGCGUUUUCAGAUCCGCCGGCCGUUCAGCACCGGAAGUUGACUCUGGGCCAGCUGUACCGCCUCCACACCACGCUGCUGCUCAACUCCACGCUUACGGCCUCGGAGGUAUGAGAAGUGUCGGAAGAAGAGAACCGAGUGCGAGACAAAGGUCCGGUUCUGCGGUUCCCACCCCCAUCCCCACCGGGGCAUCGAGACCACCCAGCCGCCCCAAUUGGGUGGGCGCAAAGACGGAACGGCAUCCCAAACGGGCGCCACUUCUCUGUACGUGCAAUCGACGUGUUUGCAGCUGCUGUGCACCCUUGGCCCGAGGACAUGAGAGACAAUGGGAAAGCGGGGGGCAGGAGGGGGGGGGUCCCCCCCAGCAACAGUUUCCCAGGAACUUCGAAUUUGAACCCCAAGUUUUACCUUUUGCACUGUUUAUUCCUCCGUGUUCAAUCCUCCUCUCUGGACACAAAGGACGGAGAAGGAUAAUUCAAGAGGGUCUCCGUGCAAUGUUUUCUCCGUUGUUUUCCCUCACUCGGCUCUUCCUCCUCUAAAUAUGGCUUCCUCAGUACCCCAUAUCAGGAACUGAGCCUUGUCACUCCCUCUUGGGCGUGGGCGUCACCCGGCAUGGUCGCCCCUUCUCAAAUCCACUUUUCAGACCACCUGAAAUUUGCUCGUUCAAGCUUGCUCCGUGCGGUGCGCAGCACUCCAUUGGAGCACCAAACCAAGAAGGGAUUGGGGAGUUUCCAGCCUCGAUUAUCCCGCCUGGGUAACGGGUACUGUCUUGCUCCCGUCGCGGUACGGGGGG